UCGACCAAAUAUGCUAACCGGACGAGGAACCAUGCCCCCGUCAUGACGGUGCAAUGAUUUCUUGAAAGCGCUAGAGUAGGACCUUCCAUUACCUGAAGGCCGAAUCGAGGAGUCGAAGACAGAGAGAGGAAGCGGCGAGAGAGAGUCAGAGAGGAGAAGCGAACAGAGUUGGUGUACCACUUUCAGAGUUUUUGAUUAGGGACUACGUGAGAGGAUUGAGUUUCUCAAGGUGAGCGGGGGAAUUGCGUUUUGCGAGCAACGAGAAGGGUAAAUUGAAGAUACUUUGAAGAAUUCGGGGAUUCGAGAGGACUUGGUUGUGGUGGUGGUGGGUGGUGGCAGCAGGAUUUUGAGGUUUAGGACGGGAGAAUGAUGUGUAGUAUGGCGUUGUCGAGUCCGGUGCAAGUGUCAUUAGCUCAGGUGCAGGUAUGUCGGACUCGAACCACGGCGAGGGUGGUGCACUCUGGUGCGAAAUUGCGUGUGCGUGCGCCGAUGUUAGUGAUGGCCUCGUCGCUAUCACAAUCGUCUGCCGAGGAGGAAGGACCCGGUGCGCAAACGGAGCCUCCGCGCUUGGACGAUUUCAGCCAGAGCCGUCUCAGUCGCUCGAUGCGCGACCGGACUAUUCUGCAGAAGGCCGAGAGUGCCCUCUAUGAUAAAUGUAUGGCCCUGGAAGGAGAGAAAGCAUACGAAUGUUGGGAGGCCUUGUUUGACUACGAGCACAUCAAGGAAGAGUAUGAAACAGAGUGUGACGUAGCCCCAUCUGAGAACAGAGCUGAAGCAUGUCGGCCUCUAGAGAGGUUUGAGAAUAUGGUGCGACAAUCAGGUGGAGCAAACUCUCUGAUCGAUAAUGUGAGAAUGUCUGCCAAAGUGGCCAAGAGGAACGCAGCUGCUGCAGAAAAAGCGAAGAGCGAUGCACCAAAUGAAACAAGCACACACCAUCAUCACCAUGAUACCCGAACACCGGAGCAGAUCAAUGCCGAGGAACACGAACGCCAUGAGGAUGGAGGCAUCCCAAAGACCUUAGAGGAGAUGGACCACGAAAAGGACGGUUUGAUGCCCGAAUCAGAUUAUACUCGCAUUCUAAGAAGAAGGGGCAAAAAGUCUACUGCAUGGUUUACUCAACCGCCUGAGCAUGAAACAGAUUGAUCUGUAACUGUGACUUCUUAGUUUUGUUGUACAUUAACCAAAUCAGCUAAAUUUGUACACAUUUCUGUAGUAAUAGUCAACUGUGAAGGUUAUUGUAGGAAAGGUCAUGGGACUGUCGUCUGACUUUGAGACGGUUAGUAUUGUAUCAUAUGUGAAUCAGUUGCGAAAAAAUGGAAUAACACAAAAUUUAUGCAGUGGAGUAUGCAUUUUAAGGUGUUACAAACCUUGAAUACUUCACCUUAUGUUGCUUCUAUUCCAGUCGUUAGUGCUUCUAUUCAUCUUUAAAAACCUCAUUCUCCUUCGUUGUUUCUGCGAAUUAUUUUCGUGAGCUCUAGUUGACUGUACCUACUCUGCACUUUUGUGAUGUAUGAGGAAGUGUGAUUUGUGAAGUCGAAGUUGGUCUGGACAAUAAGAUACAAGAUACGGAAUCACAUGAAAGGUCCAUUGCGUUAGCCCUCUCGGUAGAGGAAAUGGAGUAAUCCAUCCUCGGAGGAUUGCGUAGUGGACGAUGAUUCACGCCCGAUGUCUAGAGGCUUGAC